GCCACGUCAACAGCGGUAAGACAGCUGUAUAAUCUAAACGCCUUUGAGCUACUGCCAAAUCACUGGAAAUUUGUUGGUAUGGUUGUCAAUCCUAUUUUGUUAUAAAAAUUUAAUAUUAUAGAUUUCAUCAGUCAUUGCCAACAAAAAUGGUGUUGAUAGCUGCCGCUGUCUGCACAAAAGCAGGAAAAACUAUUGUGUCACGCCAGUUUGUGGAGAUGACGAAGGCCCGUAUCGAGGGACUGUUAGCUGCCUUCCCCAAGCUGAUGUCGACAGGGAAACAACACACAUUCGUGGAAACCGAGUCUGUUCGGUAUGUCUACCAGCCUCUGGAGAAGCUGUACAUGCUGCUUAUCACGACCAAGGCUUCAAACAUUCUGGAGGAUCUGGAGACUUUACGGUUGUUCUCUAGAGUUAUUCCUGAGUACUGCCGCAGUAUGGAAGAGUCUGAGAUAGCUGACCACGCCUUCAACCUUAUCUUUGCUUUUGAUGAAAUUGUUGCUCUGGGCUACAGAGAAAGCGUGAACCUUGCGCAGAUCCGAACUUUUGUGGAAAUGGAUUCACAUGAGGAAAAAGUCUAUCAAGCUGUUCGUCAGACUCAAGAGAGAGAAGCCAAGAACAAGAUGAGAGAGAAGGCCAAGGAGUUGCAGCGCCAGAGGAUGGAGGCUGGCAAGAAAGGGUUCAUGAAGGGAGGAUCAGCAGGGGGUGGCUUCGGUGUCGGGUCUGCAGGAGGAUUUGGCAGCUCUUCUGGUUUCACGCCUUCUCCAGUCAUCGGAGAUUCUGCCUCAGAAAUCUCAAAGCCCUAUUCACCAUCUGUCAAGGCAUCUGGCAGCACCAAAGCAAUGAAGUUGGGGAGCAAGUCUCGAGAUGUGGAGUCGUUCGUGGACCAGCUCAAGUCUGAAGGUGAGAACGUUGUGGUGCCCACUAUCAACAAACAGAGCAUUGUCAGCGCCUCCAAGAUCCCACCGUCGUCCCUCGCCAAUACUGAAGAUAUCCACCUGAGGCAGGAGGAGAGACUCGUGUUGAGGGUGGGUCGAGAUGGCGGGGUGCAGAACUUGGAGCUGCAUGGACUCGUGACCUUGCGCAUCUCCGACGACAAGUACGGCAGGAUACGCGUGGUCCUGGACAACAAGGAUACCAGAGGAAUACAACUGCAGACACAUCCCAACAUAGAUAAAGAACUGUUCAAGAUGAAGUCACAAAUAGGUCUGAAGAACCCGUCCAAGCCAUUCCCUCUGACCACAGACGUCGGUGUGCUCAAGUGGCGGUUCCAGUCCCAAGACGAUUCCUGCGUCCCACUCUCCAUAAACUGCUGGCCAUCGGAGAACGGACAAGGCGGCUGUGAUGUGAACAUAGAGUACGAGCUGGAGCACACGCACCUCGAGCUCAAUGAUGUCUCCAUUCACAUUCCUCUGCCUAUUGGGUGUACGCCGGUGGUCUCGGAGUGUGACGGAGACUACGCACACGACCCUCGCAAAAACACCCUCACCUGGAACCACGCUGUGAUAGACUCCAGCAACCGCACCGGCUCUCUGGAGUUCACAGCAGCCACAGCCAUUCCUGGUGACUUCUUCCCUCUCACUGUGGCCUUUGUCUCCAAGAAACCUUACGCUGACCUCAGAGCAGUGGAUGUGGUGAUGGUGGACGGUGAGCAGCCGGUGAAGUUCUCCACAGAAACAGUGUUCUACGCAGAGAAAUACGAGAUUGUUUAGUUUAGACCGGAGAGCAAGAGCACAACUCUGCAAACAGCUGAUCAUAGUAGUGCAACAUCUGCCCGAGACGUGAUACUUCUGUCGUCUGGUCACCGACCACUCAGUCCUCGAGUUCAUCAAUUACUCUGUGAUCAACAUUUUCCAUUUGAUGACUGUCUUUGAUCAUUUCAGUCUCAUGAGUAACAGACUGACCUCUCACGUUUUAUCAAAGUAUAACAGCUUGCAUACGGUUCAAUUUCUAUCCAUUUGAAAUGGUUGCAGAAGAAAUAAAAAUAUAUUUUAUGCUUGUGUAAUAUAAUAUUCUUCCAUGAGGUUAUGUGUGGAGAAAUCUCAUACUGUAUCUACACUGUUAAUUUAACAUAUAUUCUUACCCGCCCAAAUCAAUUUAAUAAAAGUGUUUAUAUUGCAAAUAAGUGUGAUGGAAUUCUUUGCCUUUAUAUAGAAGUUUACUCCUAUCUCGUGUUCAUUUAUUUUGAUAGAAUAUGUAACAGAAAUAUUUAUAAAUUUCUUAUUCUAAAGUCCUGAUUAAAUUUUAAUGACUCAUACACAAAUAUUGUUUUAAAAAAUGUCAUAACAUGUUGAAUCUUGUUGAUAAUAUCUGAAGGAAUAGAAAAUUGAAUGAUAACAAUAUGAAUGUAAACUGUUUUGUAUUACUACAAUUUCUAUAAAAAUUCUGUCAAAUGUUAAAGAUGUAGAUGUUGCACUAUUUUAAAUUAAACUUGAUUCUGUUAGUAUUAUUCUGGUUUGAAUAAGAUAAAGUUAUUUUAUCAAAUACAGUUCAUUAUUUACUAUCAUGAGAUAAUAAUUGCUUUACUUAUUUUAUUUUUGAAAGUUUUCAUUUUGUACAGUUAGAAAAAGGUAUAAUAAAGUAUUUGAUUGUUAAA